CACAAUUCCACCCGCUGUUAUCGGUUCUUUGCGGACAUGCGGACGGCCGUAAAAAGUGAUCAAAUGGAGGAUUUUCUGGAAUUCUGUGAGGGACAUCACUUCCCUGAGCAGAUUGUGCGUGUCGACCUGACUGACAAGUCCAUGCAAUGUGACGAUGCCUGA